ACGGGCAUCCACCCCGGCCAAUCAUGGUGUGAAAUGCUACCGGUCGCUCGAUUGAUCCAAUGAGAUGAGGGAACACGGAACUGCAGGUUGUUCUGUUUCAAGCAGACGAAGGAGUACCGAGUCGGUUGAGGGGUGAUUGUCGGAGAAACUGUGUGAGAUGCAAUUUAUGCUGCUGUUUAGUCGUCAGGGGAAACUUCGACUACAAAAGUGGUAUGUUCCCCUUUCGGACAAGGAGAAGAAAAAAAUUACGAGGGAGCUGGUUCAGACAGUCCUAGCACGUAAACCGAAGAUGUGCAGCUUUUUGGAAUGGAGAGAUUUGAAGAUUGUGUAUAAAAGGUAUGCAAGUCUUUAUUUCUGCUGUGCUAUUGAGGACCAGGACAAUGAGCUCAUAACACUUGAGAUUAUUCAUCGUUACGUUGAACUUCUAGACAAGUAUUUUGGAAGUGUCUGUGAGCUCGACAUUAUCUUUAACUUUGAAAAGGCUUAUUUUAUCUUGGAUGAGUUCCUGUUAGGAGGUGAGGUUCAGGAGACAUCAAAGAAGAAUGUACUCAAGGCAAUCGAACAAGCUGAUCUGUUACAAGAGAACCAAAAUGAAGACUGGGGAAGUUUGUCAGCUGACGAUAUCUUAUGAUUGAAAGAAAUCUUAGGCUAUUGGCCAUAUGACUCCCCAUCCAGACCUUUGCCACGCCAUGAAUAUUUUAAUGUUCCUGUAUAUUAAUAUCUUGGCUCAUCUUGCGUGGUGAAUCAGAGGAGGUGACCAUGUCUGCUUGCUGUUGGAAUGCUUUCCUGGGCUUCCUGGGCUCUGAAGUUCACAUCAAUGUUGUACAAAUGAAAUGUGACAGAAACAUCAGCACUUUGUCAUCUAGCUGCCUGGUGUUGUACUCAUUUUUGUGUUCAGUUCAUUUUAACCUUGUUCACUGCUAUCCUAGUUCCAAUUGUACACUAUAAAAUUUGAGUCUGUACCUUUUGGGUUUAACGUUUGUUUUAUUGUGCAUUAAGCAGCUCUGAUAUGAAAACCUCAAACUAAAUUUAAUACCAAUGUCAUUGAAGGAAACUGACUCAUGUGUAAUUAACAAUUGUAGCAUGCAGAAUAUAGAAAAUGGUGCCUGGAAAUGGUCUCAGUUGUAGCUGAAGUAAGAACUAGAAGUCCCAGACCACAAAAAUAACUAGUUACGGAUUUGUUAAUUAUGUAACCUGCUUCAAUCAACUGCACCCAUAUAUUAUUUGCUAGGAUUACACCAGUGGGGUGAAGAAAAGUUAGUCAAACCUUGGGAUGUUUAAAUCCAUUUCACUCCUGUAAUAUAAGGUGACUUAGUUAUCAUAAACUAAUCAUUUUUCAUGUGUAUCCAGCUGACCAGGCUACAUUUAAGGUUAAUGUUGAAACACAGUUCCACACCUGUUGAUUGCAUAAAUCAGUAUAUAUUUUGCAAUGGAUGCUUUAUUGUGUCUGUAUUGUGACCUACUCCUUGCUCAUCUGGACAGCAAAUGAGAAGAUUGCUGAUUUGAGGUCCAUGCAUACUUACGGGUAGGUUCAGGUAGGCCAAGAGACAGAAAGAUGAAGCUUACAACAGUUUUUGUUUACACAUGCUUUUCUUUCGGGGGAAAAUAAGGCCAUUCUUUUUACUCUUUGGUGAUGGAAUAUCAGAUUAGAGAUGAAUGACUCUUUUUCUCUAUUUGUCACAACUCUGGAAUAUUUCCCAGUGCCAUUUUUUUUAAAAAGAGCCUUCUCAUACCCUCAGUCCCAGUGUAAAGUGUUUCUACUUUUUUCUGAUUAUCAUUGCAGUAUAAAUUACUUCUGUUGUAGGAGAACAUUUUUUUGAUAAAUUGAUUGUCCAAAGCUUGGCAGUUAGCAAUGUUCUGAUGCCCUCAUGGCUAUCAUCAUGUAUGGGUGCUUGUGGUAUGUUGAGAAUGAGAGAACAUGAAUAAAGCUGCUUAACAACAAUUGGAGAAUUUGCCACCAUUCUAUUUUGGGGUUUGAUUUUUGAGAGCCAUGUUACUCAAAUAGACUUGCAUGCAGUUUAAAUUUUAAUAAAUUAACUUUGCUCUGGUCUUGCUAAUCCUAAAGCAAUUUCAUAUUUAUUAGGUUAAAUAUGAAGCUGGGCAAAAUAUUUUGUUUUAAUGGAGGUUCAUAAUUUAGGCUGCCAGCCAAUUUAUUUGUAUAAUUUUGCAGUAUUAUUCAUAUGUCGUUCCUGUGCUUUACGAUUUUUCCUCUCCUUUAGCUUCUAUGUUUUAUUGACAGAGGAAAUAAAUAUUCUUUCAUGGAUGGACAAUGGAAACUAAUGCAAUCAGUGAGUUGCACAGGAGUUCACAAGAUGGUGUGAUUAAAGUAUCAGGAAUAGUAUCAGGAAUAGAAAGUUGAAGGGCGAUGAGCUGAGUAAAAAGUGGAGAGAAUGAUCAGCUGCAGUAGUAAGGUUAGUUGUCAAGAAUUGCUCAACUUUGGCUGUAUUUCAUACGUAGUCUUUCAGAAUAAACAUACUAUUUGAGCAAUUCUACACAUUAAACAAGUUUCUAAAACGUUCCAUUUGAAGUAGUGUGACAGGAGAUGUCCAUUUUCCUUCCUGCUUCCUCCUGUGCAAGGGAGCAUUAAUUUGAACCUGCCCUGACCAAAAGUAUUAACUUCUAAUUUUCUAAAUAAGGAACACAGUAUCCAAUUGGCAGGAAUCAUCCUGGCCUACUGUAUAUAUCUUGGAUCAUGUAGUUUUCUUAACUAACAUUUUUGGUGCUUGGUGUAUCUAGAUGUUCUCAUUUUGACAGCUUUUAAGUAGUGAUAUAAACUUGGUCCCAUUAUUUUGGAAUGUGUAAUGUACAUUUAUUUGUUUGAAAUUGCCUCCCAGCCCUAGAAAUUGUGGAUAGAGUUUGCCAAGUUAAAUCUAAAGCCAGUUCAAGAGAAAUUGCUGCCUUUUCAAUUUGAUCUAACAACUGCUGCCCUUUAGGAAAUCCAACCAGACAUGCUUUCCUUUUUCAGGCUGUCAUUCAGACAAGUGUCAACAGGUAACCCAUGAAAGUGAAAACCUCAUGCAUAUUUUACUGUAAUCUGCUCCCAUGAGUGUGCCACAUUUAGCUCAUUUUCAUCAUUUAAGAGAUUUAGUGGAUGAAAUAUUUCUAUAAAUUUACAGACUACAUAUCAACAUGAAACCCUCAACUAAUCAAAUGAACACUAAAUCAUGGCACUUCAAUAGUAACUGGCUGUUUAAAUAUGAAUUAAGUGUUUGCUGAGCAUCAUUUAACUUUCUGUAGACUUCCUUAGUCUGCUGUUUAGAAACAUAUUGAUUAUUCCUAUGUUUGUAAUUUGUGCUUCAGAAACAAAUAUAUUUAGUUGUAGUAUAAUUAUUUGUAUUGUGAUUGGGAGCAAGUCCUUUAGGCACAGUCUGAUUAAAAAGAUGACAAUACUUCUGUUGUCAAAAUUCAAUAGUUUAAUACACAGUUUACACUAACUGGUAUGUUGGCUUUUGUUGCUAUGCAUUAAGCGGACUGAAAUUGUGAUUUUAUUUGUAAUGUAAAAUUGCUUGCUUCGAAAGUGCAUGUUUCUGGCAUGUUAUAAAUAAAACAGUGCUGCAUGCAUCAAGGCUGUUUCCUGUGGCUAUAUUUCCUAACUCCUCAAACUUCUGAUGGUUGAUGUAUACUUAAGGUAUUCUGCUUUUGCUUUGAUAGUAAAAUAGCAAGAAGAUUAUGAUAAAACAAUUAACUUGAAAGUUGGUGAUUGAACAACGGCCAAAUUCAAUGAGUCACCAUUAGGUCUGUUUCUGUAUUUUUGCCAAUUCGAGAUUGGCCAGGAGUACCAAGAUAGGGUUGUUUUUCUGAUUUUAAGCUGAUUAUUUUCCUCCCAUAAACUUCAGUUUCAAUUUUGACUGGAUACCAGACUUAAUUUUUUUAAACAAUGUUUGUUUACCAAAAGAGUUGUGUUCCACUUAGCAUUUGCUUUACUUUUUGCAGCUGGAUGUACAUUCUUUCACAGUUCUAACAAUUGGAUUAUAAUUUAAUGUAAUCAUAUUACACAUUCUAGUAUAUAAAAUUGGAAAUUUGGCCUGGAGUAUAUUUUCAUGAUGAACUGAACAAGAGAAUUUCAAUCUUUAGAUUGCCUUGGGUUAAAUAGGAAUAUUAACUGGACUUGCACAUCAGGAUUAUUUGGUGAAAGGCUCACAAUAGCAAAGCUGUUAAGACUGAUUCAUUAAUGAAUCGUUCUCUAUAUGAUCUUUAAUUUCUUCUGCUGUUAAACUAACUGGUUCAAUUUCAAUUUGGUAUGAAUUCUUAAUGAAGUUUAUACCCAAUGUUGUGGGUUUGUUUAGGUCUUAAACAUUUUGGUAACUUUGACUGGACAUUUAGAAGAAUGCUUUGCUGUGGAUGUACCUUAACCUGUCAGCCCUCCAGAUUUCAUUUGCAGCUCCUGCAUUCCCAUCUUCUAAUUUUGUCUUGGAAUUCCCAUGUUCGUGAUCUGUCUGUGUCACAGGGAAAAAUUGGGCACGCACCAUACAGGAACGUUUUAGAUUCAUAUUCAUACAGUGAUUGUUGCUACCAAACUAUUCUUCAGAACUACCUUGGCUGACUUUGCCCCUAUAGAAAUGUUGCAUCCAAGUUAGGUCCUUAGAGAUAUUGACGCCCAAAAAUUAGAAAUUAUGCUCUCUCCACUACAUCUUUUCCACUUCAAACUGUGAUGAAUUUAACUGCUGAGGUGCUAAUUAGAUAAUUGGUAACAAUGCUUUCCAUCCAUCUGCAGCGUACAAUUCUCUUUUGCCACACCCUAUUUAAGUUGUCAAAGUAAGUUGUAACUAUCUAUUGUGUUUUAAAAACAAAAUGGCACCUUGCCCCUUCUGAAUAACUCUAAAAUGUUGCUGUGUUUGCAGACUUUUGUUAUUUUGUCACAUCUAUCUUACAGCAAUGCAAUUAAAAUGCACUGGCCCACCUGUAGCUUCAUUAUAUUCAGAUUUCAGAUUAUGGCUGGCUUGAAAGAAACUAAUAGGAAAUAGCAACACACUUAAGUUUUAUACCUCCUAUGGAAAAGAAACUUCCUAGCAUUCAUCAGGAGUUGGUGCUGCAUUGUAUUAAAUGGGAGAGGGUAUCCAUUAAAUUGAAGAUGGGCACAUUUUUGCAGCUGGAAACACGACUUCCACAAAUCCUUUACUAAUGUCUUGCUCUUGUAUUUGGCCAUUUUUAUCUUUUACCUUUUGAAGACUGCUGUGCUAAUUCUUUUUAUUUAGUUUUGAUUACCAAAGUG